AUGGUGCCGCAAAUUGCCAGUUGGGAGGAACUUCUCUGGGUGUCUGAGGAAGUGCACGAGGACACUGGAGACUUCCAAUAUACAAUGUUUGCCGCUGUGGAAGACGACAUGAUAUACUACGGCCAGUUGAAUGUACAGAAGGCGGACAUCAACAUACGGGACGCCAGCCGCUCCCUUGCUCGAGUUCCUGACGAGGAAAUCUUUCCGCGGUGGACGCGAGACCUCAACCUCACCAAGGCGCCGGGCGAGCUCCCACCAGAAGUUUUCAUUAAACGGCCCAGGCUGGCGCUGUACGACGUCUUUUCAAAGCACAAAGUCGUCCAUCUCCUCGCCAAGGAGUUGGCUGAAGAGGCAGAGGCACUGGAGGUGCUUGCGCGCCGACCUCACCCAAAUAUUGUCAGAUACCAUGGCUGCCAUGUACGACGGGGUUACAUCACUGGAAUCGUGCUCGACCGACAUCCCUGCGAUUUGAACAGCUACCUAGAGAAUGGUCAUGUUAUCGAGGAUAAAGCAGACUUCAUAGAAUCAUUAAAGUCUGCAAUUCAUCACCUACACGGACUUGGCUGGGCUCAUAACGACCUGAACCCGAGAAAUGUCCUGGUGACAAAAGACGGGAGGCCCGUCUUGAUCGACUUUGGCUCGGCCCACAGAAUCGGGGAGAAGUUGUCGAGCAGCCGUGGCACCCAAGGCUGGAUGGAUUGCGAGAUGGAGGAUUAUACGACAUCAGAGACGCGACACGACACCUCGGCUCUCAUCAAGAUUCAGAUGUGGCUAGAUAACCCUACAUUAGGAGAAUAA